CGGGUCACCAGGCACGACAGUGGGCUCCGAGUCAACUGGCAUGACCGCUGGCAUCAGGUCAUUUGGCUCGACAGCGGGCACCGCGUCAUCUGGCAAGGCAGUGGGCACCAAGUCACCAGGCACGACAGUGGGCUCUGAGUCAAUUGGCACGACAGCGGGCACAGGGUCAUCAGGCAUUGGAUUGUCUGGCUCGACAGCGGGCAUCGGGUCACCAGGUAUGACAGCGGGCACUGGGUCACCAGGCAUCAGGUCAUUUGGCUCGACAGCGGGCACCGCGUCAUCUGGCAAGGCAGUGGGCACCAAGUCACCAGGCACGAUAGUGGGCUCUGAGUCAAUUGGCACGACAGCGGGCACGGGUCAUCAGGUACCGGAUCGUCUGGAUCAACAGCGGGCAUCGAGUCAACUGGCCUAAUAGGAUCAUCAGGCUGGAUCAGUUCAUCAUGCUGGGUAGAGGCUUCAGGCUGAAUAGAGGCAUCAGGCUGAAUAGAGGCAUCAGGCUGGGUAGAGGCAUCAGGCUGGGUAGAGGCAUCAGGCUGGGUAGAGGCAUCAGGCUGGGUACAGACAUCAGGCUGGGUACAGACAUCAGGUUGAAGUGCGGGUGCCGAGGCACCAGGCUGAACCAUGGAAGGCCGGUUCUCAGACGGCAGGCUGACCGGUUUGGAUACUGGCAGGAUGGUACUGGUUGGAAAGAAUUUUUGCUUUUUUCUGGUUUUAACUACUGGAGCACUGCAAGUAAACGCAGGUCCGCAAACGAAUGGAGCAGCUGGAGACAGAGAAGAGCUGGAGGAUGGAACAGGGGAGGGAACAGUUGCUACAGAGGGCUUCUUUACAGGGUUAAAGGCAGGAUAGGUGCAGCGAGUGGGAACAGGGUACUGACAUGCGGUAGAUAG